GUGGUUGAAUCGUGCUUAUGGGAGUCAUCGGUAACGUUGAACGAAUGGUUACAUAUUAAACCUGACCUGUAUGUGUGUAUAUUUAUAAGUGCUGUACAAUAGUGUGUGCAUGCACAAUUAUUAAUACCUUAUUUAUUGUGCAAAUGGGUGCGUUUUCGGUUCCCCCCAAGAUAAGUCACUUUUGAUUAUAAGUUAUUUUUUUUAUUUGUAUUAUUCACGAUCCAGUGUCAGAACCAUUUCUGUUUGGCGAUUUAUUCUAGAAUUUUGAGCGACAACGGCGACGAACGUAACGGAGCGGGAGAGCAAGCAAGGGAGGAAGGAAGCGAAGGAUCACGAAACUCAAACGAAAAGAAAACGAAGGCAUAGAUAGCAUUUAACCACAGAAGAACUUGAGAACUCUCAUUGGUGCUUCGACCGAUUUUUGGAAUAUACUGACGUUUCUUACGAGGACUACACGAAAAACAGUUUUCUACACUCAGAUAGCCAUCGGGAGUUUAAAACCAUAUUUUCGAAGAGGAAGGGGGAUCACAAUAGUAGGCUAUAGGCUAGAUCUCAUGUUCUGAAGAGGCCCAAUCAAAAAUAGAUGAUCUCGCAGCAUUUAUAUUUGUAAACCUAGAUUAAUAUGCAUUUUUCGCUUGUUGAAAAAAGCCAAGACGCACGGAGGGGAAUACAGAAACUGAAAGCAGCGAGCAACUAGGAGACUUCAACAUUUUGCCUGUUUUAUAUUUUGAAGAGGACCAAGGAAUAAGGACCAAUUAUAUGAUUUAAAUAUUUAGAACAUCAUUUGUAAACCAAGAGAUCAACCACCUCUCCCGGAAAGAUUCAACUAAUUAACAGAUUGCAGAUUGGCUGAGCUACAGUGGGAGUGACAGACGACCAACCAAUCAACGAUGAGUGAACUGGAGCAGCUGCGCCAGGAGGCGGAGCAACUGAGGAACCAGAUAAGAGAUGCAAGGAAAGCAUGUGGGGACUCCACACUAACACAGAUUACGGCAGGCCUGGACCCAGUGGGUCGGAUACAAAUGCGUACGCGGCGCACCCUUCGCGGACACCUUGCCAAAAUCUACGCUAUGCACUGGGGCACGGACUCCAGGCUGCUUGUCAGUGCUUCCCAGGAUGGCAAACUGAUCAUCUGGGACAGUUACACCACUAACAAGGUGCAUGCAAUCCCGCUGCGCUCCUCUUGGGUGAUGACGUGUGCGUACGCCCCCUCUGGUAACUAUGUAGCCUGUGGGGGCCUGGACAAUAUCUGCUCUAUCUACAGCCUGAAGACUCGAGAAGGCAACGUGAGGGUCAGCAGAGAACUCCCCGGACAUACAGGUUACUUGUCCUGCUGUCGCUUCAUUGAUGACAAUCAAAUCAUCACCAGUUCAGGAGAUACAACGUGUGCAUUGUGGGAUAUUGAAACAGGCCAGCAGACCACAGUGUUCUCAGGUCACAGUGGUGAUGUCAUGAGCCUGUCUCUGUCCCCUGACUUCCGUACUUUUGUGUCGGGGGCGUGCGAUGCCUCCAUAAAGCUCUGGGACAUCCGGGACAGCAUGUGCCGACAGACAUUCACUGGCCACGAGUCGGACAUCAAUGCUGUCUGUUUCUUUCCCAACGGCAGUGCAUUUGCCACGGGCUCAGACGACGCCACCUGCAGGCUGUUUGACCUCCGCGCAGACCAGGAGCUAAGCCUCUACUCACACGACAACAUCAUCUGCGGCAUCACAUCUGUGGCCUUCUCCCGCUCCGGGCGGCUGCUGCUGGCCGGGUACGAUGACUUCAACUGCAACAUCUGGGACGCCAUGAAGGGAGACCGUGCAGGAGUACUGGCGGGCCAUGACAAUCGCGUGAGCUGUCUUGGAGUGACAGACGACGGCAUGGCAGUGUCCACCGGGUCCUGGGACAGUUUCCUCAAGAUCUGGAACUGAAGAGUCACACCCCAAACGCCACACAAAUACACACACACACACACACACGCACACAUACACACUCAUAGGGUGCAUUGUGUUGUCCACAGCUCAAACUCACAUUCCGGUACAUGUAUUAUGUACAUAAGAACUACAUAAGAAAUCCAGAAAAAUACAUACAUGGUGAACCUCAUUGUACAUAAUAUGUACGAUGUGUGACAAGCAUAUAGAAGUUCACACAGACACAAGUGUACAUACAGUAUUGCCACACACAAUGUAUAUGCUGCAGAUUAAACUCUAUGCUGUUCAUGGACAGUGUUCAAUUUCACUCACAAAUACACAGUACACGAUUGCACUUGGGCAAACCUGCUAAGUUUUCCUAUUUCUCAUAGGAAAUCACACACUGUAAGGUCACCACAAUUUCUUUGAAAUGUACACAUCACGUGAAACCAUUGUCACGUAUAUGUGCACAUAUAUCCAACCAGAUAAUUUGGACUUUCACACAUGUAAACACACAAGACACACACACAGGUGCGCACUCUUUUUCUAAAAACAGAAAAAAAAAUGGACACUGUGGAAUGACUCCUCUGGAACCCAAAAAGAGGAAAGAAAGAGAUGCUGGGACUUUACAUUCUUAUUUUAAAUUUUAAAAUGUUUUUAAUUUCAUGUCUGCUUCAAACAGGCCUCUUCAAUCCCUCUCUCCAGGUAAAUACUUUUCUUAAACAGGGUAAUUAAAGUGGGGGGGGGGGGGUUGUGGGGUUAAAUAAGUGUGACUGAUGCCAACGUGGAUAAGAGACUGAGGGCGGGGUGGAGGAGAAUGUAGUUUUAAAACAACAAAAAUGGAGGACGAUUCUAAAUAGUCAGUGAAACGGGUGGUCACUACUGACUGAAUGAAUUGCUAUUUUCUGUUAUUGCGUUUUUCUCGAUAUAUACAUGUAUGUGUAUAUAUGUAAAUGUGUGUGUGUAUGUAUAUAUAUACAUAUACAGUAUAUUUGAUUGUGUGUAUAUUUACAUGCAUAUACACACAAUUAUAAAAAUGUUAGGUUUUUGUUUAUUUUUUGGACAAUUUUUAUGAUGUUUUAUUCUGUUUUCCCUGUGUGCCUCAGAUACUUUUAAAUGAUAAUUAAUGAAUAAUAAUGUUGAACACAUUGCAUAUAGUAUUACAAAAUGAUUCUCAAGGUAAAACAAAAAUGUAAAUGUGGGUUAAUCUUUAAAAAUAUUUUUUUUUUUUUGAAAAACUAUCCAGAAGGGUGUUGAUGCCGUUUGACUUUGUCAGUGUGUUAUGUCUGCAUUAUAACAGUAUACAUUGUACAUAACAAUAAACACCGGUAGCCUUU